AUGAACGUCGUUUACGGCUCAAUUGCUCUUGGACGAUCACUGCCGCUCAUGGAAUUCUUCCUCAGAGCUGUUGGCGCGGCACUACCAGUCUUCGAGACGAUUGAACGCAUUUUGAAACACUUCAACCUAACAAUUACACCUGGUGAGACGGUUGCGAUAGUUGGACCGAGUGGUUCGGGAAAAAGUACAAUAGUACAACUUAUUCAGCGGCAUUACGACGUAAACCAAGGCCAGAUUCUAAUUGACGACGUGGACAUCCGCGACCUAGAUGUAAAGUGGCUGCGAGAGCAACUGGGUGUCGUCUCACAGGAACCAGUCCUGUUUGCAGGAUCAGUAAGAACAAACAUUGGCAUGAUGAAGCCAGAAGCCAGCCAAGAUGAAAUUGAACAUGCGGCGAAGAUUGCAAAUGCUCACGAUUUCAUUAGUGGACUCCCAGAGGUAUGUUGA